AUGCACAGGUACUACCCCCGACCGGGCUCCCAUCUACCACAGACAGAUGGCCCUGGAAGCCGCCAGGCAUCUCCGUCGCCUGGCUCCAAGUCGCAAACGCCUCCGAGUACCCCGCCGCCCUCUCUCGACUAUGCUGCUCCACGUGCCUCGGAUGAUAAAGCCCUGACUGCCUUUGCACAAUUGGGCGCUCUGCGCCUGAAUGCUCGCCGCUGUCUCAUAUCCUUCUUCGACCGGAAUGACUGCUUCCUCCUCGCUGAGGCUACGCGCACCCUGUCGCUGCAGAGCGGAGAGCCCGAGUUCGAAGACGACCGAUUAGCCUUUGGCACCACCAUUUUCCCCAAGGAACAGAGUCUCUGUAACUACACCGUAAACCUCGCUCCCAAGUACAGCACGCUGCCUCUCGACGAUCCGAGCGACCUGCCUCACCUUGUUGUCAACGACCUCAGCAAAGACAAACGCUUCUGCAACUUUCCCUUCGUCAAAGGCCCGCCUUACUCGCGCUUCUAUGCCGGAGUUCCAAUUCGCAGCCCAAGCGGUCACAGCAUCGGUACAUACUGCGUGCUGGACGAGAAUCCGCGAAAUGGCCUGACGCCGCACCAGCUUGCUUUCUUGAAGAGCAUGGCUGGGACAGUAAUGCGGCAUUUAGAGAGGACUAGGGCAGCAGAAGACCACCGGAGGGCCAAGAUCAUGGUCAAAAGUCUGGGCUCAUUUGCUGAGGGAAAGAGCGGGUUGGAAAAUUGGGCACAAGAUCCCUGGGACGUGGACACUCAAGUGUCUGGUCUACCAGAUGUAAUUCUACCGCAACGGCAGCGGCCUGCAGCUACGUCCGAUGCUGCGCAGCAACCUGUUGUGCUCAACGGAUAUGAUCAUGUAGAUCCGGGUAUGAAAAACCCGAACGAUACCCCGCCUCUAAGUAGUGUGCCACCGAGCAUUGCGAACGUGGAGGCAUCUGAUAGCAUGCGGCCAGAAAUAACCACCACCACAUCGUCCACCUCCACGAAAGGCUUCACCAAGACUGAUCAGAAGGACAGGGUAGCCCCGGAACUGAGAGCCCAUUUUACACGGGCAGCAAACAUGAUUGUGGAUUCAACCGAGGCCGAGGGAGUGGCAUUUUUCGAUGCCAAAAUCAGUACAUUUGGAGGUCUUGUUGACGACGACUUUGAUCCAGAUCAAUUACCAGAGCCGGACAAGCCUUGCGAUAUCUUAGGGGCGGCUCUUUGCAGGACCGAUCGGGAUACCAAGCCACUACCCAACACUGGUGAAUGCAUCUCAGAAAGCGUUCUCAGGCACCUCCUACGACUUUAUCCACAUGGCCAGAUCUUCCAUCUCGAUGACGACCCUGCAUCGCCGUCUGUCAACUCACCAUCAACUGGCGUCAGCAUCGAUGAAGUCGAGUCGGCCGAUGGCUUUCCAUUCAGUACACCGCGCAAAACUGAAUCCACUCGAAGCUUGGACGACGAAGCCUAUCUGAGAAGAGUUUUUCCGACUGCUCGAAGUUUGAUACUGUAUCCCUUGUGGGAUCCGCAUCGCGAGCGCUGGUUUGCGACGGCUGUCAUCUGGAGCUCUGAACCGAAGAGAAUCUUUACGACAGAGCAGGAGCUCAGUUACCUGGCGGCCUUCAGUAAUUUCGUCAUGGCUGAGGUUGCUCGUCUGGACACAAAGCUAGCCGAUGCUGCAAAGGCGGAUUUCAUCUCAUCCAUCAGCCAUGAGCUGCGCUCUCCUCUUCAUGGAAUACUGGGAAUGACUGAUCUGUUGAAAGACUCCUCUCUCGACGGUCAGCAGGUGUCCCAUUUAGCAACCAUCGAGACAUGUGGAAAAACUUUACUGGAAACCAUCAAUCACGUGCUUGACUUUGCCAAAAUCAACAAUCUGACACGAGGAGUUUCGAAACGCCAGAAGAAACGUACGCAGAGCGCGAAGCACAUGAUCAGCCCGGGCCAAGCGCAUACCAACGAUAUCAUGACAUUGAUCAACGACGUCGACAUGAGCAUACUGACAGAAGACGUGGUCGAGAGUGUCUUCGCUGGCUAUACAUACGCGAAGACAUCUGCUCAGACAUACGAGUUAACCACUUCGAAAGUGAACAAACCGCCGAUAUCCAUCAUUCUCGACAUCAACCACAGCGACAACUACGUCUUCCGCACACAGCCCGGGGCAUGGCGGCGAGUCAUUAUGAACUUGUUCGGAAACAGUUUAAAGUACACGCCUGGCGGAUACAUCAAGGUCAAGCUUGAGGUUAAGCGAAAACCUGAGGACGACGACGAGUGCGAAUUCCGGUUUUCGGUCACUGAUUCUGGCAUUGGAAUGUCGGAGGACUACAUCAACAAUAGGCUUUUCCACUCUUUUGCACAAGAGAAUCCUUUGAGUCAAGGCACGGGUCUGGGUCUGUCUAUUGUCAAACAGAUCGUCGAAUCGCUAGGAGGAGAGGUGGAGGUGCGUAGUGAAAAAGAGCGCGGCACCAAAUUCACAGUCACAUGUCCUUUGAAGGAGACACGAAUGUCACCAAACGUCUGCGCCACCGGCCUAGAAGGAGAGAAGGAUUUGCAACUACAGCAAAUCACGAAGCGCACAAAAGGCUUGAAAGUGCGAUUUGAGGGCUUCCACGAGGAGGAAGAGUUCCGUGUUAGGGAUCUGAAGAACAAAACCGCCUCGAAGCUAUCGUUGAAGGCACUCGACAGCCUUUGCGAUGAGUGGUUCGGCAUCGAAAGAUGCGAAGACGGCGACAAUGCGUCUGAGCCAGACCUGAUAAUUGCUACCGAGACCUGUGCCAAAGGGUUGCGAACUACGUACAGCCAGAAUCCUGGUAAAGUGUCUCCAACCCCCGUUAUUGUCAUAUGUCAGGGUGCGGCAGCUGCGCAAUCAACAACGGCUAUCACGGUGCCAGGCAUAAUCUUCGAAUGCAUAGGUCAACCCGUCGGACCACACAAGAUGGCGAAAGCCCUUGCCUCCUGCCUCGACCGCCACGCAAAACGAGCAGAAACACAGCUACAGCCUCACAAGAUCGAUUCCGUCAUUCCCCGCAUAACAGAACUGAACCUCACAGAAGAAAGACCAGCAUCAGCACCCCGUCGCACCGACCACCUCCACGUGGUAGAAUCCUCCCGACCCCAACUCACGAGCAUUAGUAGUGCCCCCGAAAUCCGGUCCCUCCACAACACCACUCCCCCCAAGGCUUCCAAAUACCUCAAACCAACGCGCGCGUUGAGAUGUCUCUGCGUAGACGACAAUCCCAUCAACCUCCGCCUUCUGCGCACUUUUGUCGACAAACUCGGACACCACCACGUCCUUGCCGCCGACGGCCUCGAAGCGCUCGAAUCGUAUAAAGCCGCUACCGUCGCCAACGACGGCGAAGCUGCAACAGAAGAAUCGCGUAUUGAUGUUGUGUUGAUGGAUAUCAACAUGCCUGUCAUGGACGGUCUAGAAGCUACACGGCAGAUUCGCGCUCAUGAGAUCCGAAAUAACCUACCCAAAGUCACUAUCAUCGCACUUACCGGUGUGGCCGAUACGGAUAUCCAGCAAGAAGCUAAUUCAAGCGGGAUCAACCUCUUCUUGAUCAAGCCAGUUAGAUUAGCAGACUUGGAAGUUAUUCUCAAGGGUGUGGUUACGGGACAAGAUAAAGCGAAUCUAGAGAUUGAGGCGGAGAAGGAGAGGCUAAAGUUGGUGGAACAGGAAGCCAUCUUCAAGUCUACAGUGGAGAGCGUGGAUGAGAAGGCGAGGGGAAUCAAUGUGGGUGUUGCGGUUGUUCAGGGCGAGGAUGAAGUGGUGAAGAAGGUUAAAGUUUGCGAGACACAAACGCAGCAACAUAAGAAGAGUGCGUCGAUUGUUUGA